AUGAAGAAAAAAAAGGAGAAAAGAAAGGCCAAAGGGGACAAGAAGCACGGCUCGAACGCUAACGGGAACGCUAAUGGGAACGAUAACCCUAAUGCAGGUGCCAACUCCGAUGCGAACGACCGCGAUGCCGAUGAUCAGGGCGGAAGCGAAGAGGAGGACGACUACGGGGGAUACCACUCCGAUGAACACUCGGGCAGUGAACCAGACGAGGUAGAGGAGCUCUCCUCCCAAGGAGAGAGUGACGAGGAGGAAAUGGGGAAGAAGGCGAGAAGAAAGAAAAAGGCAGGAGGGGGUACGAAGAGCCAAACAAAGGGAAACGAAUCCAAGGGAGAUAAAGACGGAGAAGACGCCGCUGCACAACAAAUGAAGGAAAGAAAAAGGAAAAUGAAAAACUCCAAGCUAAUGGAAGACAUCAACCCAGAUGAGGACAAACAGAAAUUAAAGCUAAUUUGCAUGUCCUUCCAUAAGAAGGAAUGCGACAUUGAAGAGUUCAUAUUGGAAAGCUUGAAGAUUAUCAUUCCUCAGUACAAAAGGGAGGUGUUCCUCAACCAGCAGAAUAUAAUUAUUGACCGUACCAGCAGGGAGGAUUUGAAGAAUUUGGAGAUUUUCUGGUUCGAUAGGUUGACAAAGAACAGGCGUCGAAGCAUAAUUAGCUGCUUCACCACGUUGGGCAAGAUGGGCCUUGCGGGGAAAGCAACCAAUGUGGCGAGUGUUCCAGAAAAUGUGGUGAGCGCGUCAGAAAAUGUGGCGGGCAUUCCAGAAAGUGUAGCGAACCCUCCCGAAAGUGCAGCGAACCCUCCCGAAAAUGCAGCGAACCCUCCCGAAAGUGUAGCGAACCCUCCCGAAAAUGCAGCGAGCGCUCCAGAAAACGCAGCGAGCGCGGUGAACCCCCUCCUGGAGCAUAUAUUCACCAAGAAGAAGGACCAAAUAAUAGUAGAUCACCUCGCUGCGCUGUGCACACAACAAGUGAAGCUAGUCAAGGAGUACAUCUCCUACGUGAGGAAAAACAUAUUCGACCUAUCGUCCAUCUCAGAAAACAACGACAAAAUCAAAGAAUUAACCAUCCUAGAUCCGAUAAAAAGGAGGGAACUUUUCUUUUACCUUAAUUUAUGCAUCUCGAUGAAUUACAUUCAAGAGCAGGCCCCAAAUGUGUAUGCUCUCCCAAAUGAUCUCGCCCCAGAUAUUAGAGGCUUCAAUUUGCACCCCAUGUUUUCUCAUAUCAAUAAAAAAAAAAAUGAACAAAGAAGAGAAAAAGCUGGAAAUCCUUGGGAAAAAUUAAAAUUAUUAAAAAAAUCCCAAAAGACAGAUGCAGCAAAUAAAAGUAGUGACGCGAGUAUGCGAAAAGGUGAAGUGGUUACACAAAUAAGUACAAAAAAAAAUGAAAUAAAUGAGGAAGAACCAGAGGGAGACGAAAAUGAUGAAAAAAAAAAAAAUAAACACACAGAUGAUAACGAAAUGAUUCACAAAAAAUAUAUGGAAGAUGAAGAGAAGAAAAAAAAAGCAUUAGAAGAAAUGAAAAAAAAAAAACAAAAAGAUGAAAAAAAAAUAUACAACGUUUAUUCUCUACUAGAAUCAGCUGCCCAGUAUUUUGGAGAAGGACCAAAAUAUUCAAACCCUAAUAUGAAUGAAUUCUACAAGUCCAACAAUAAUCAGCUUGUUUACAUCAAACCACCAGGAAAUAUAGACGAAAAAAAUAUCUUAAUAAAUUACUUCCUGCAAUUCCCAAGCAUCACCAAAAAGCUAGAAUAUAAUAAAAGAAGAAUUUAUGCUGAGAAUUAUGGCCUUGUUAAGAUUAUAAAAAAUAGUGAAAAUUUACCCGUCAAUUUUUCUUUGAAUACACAUCCCUGGAUGUUAGAACCAUAUGAGGAGCUGUGGAAGGAGCAGAACCAGUUGAACAACUUUGGCAUUUUCAACAUGGCCAAUUUGUUGCGUGACGAUGACGACGACUUGGUCAGCUUCGAGAGCAACCAGUUCUCCUUCACCAGGGGGGAGGCGCAAAAGGGAGCAGCGGUGAAGGUGGAGGCGGAGGCGGUGAAGGGGGAGGCAGAGGCGGCAAAGACAGAAGCUACAAAGACAGAAACUGCCAAGGAAGAAGCGGCAAAGACAGAAACUGCCAAGGAAGACGCGCCGAAGGAGGGGAACUCUAAAUGUGACGCCCCCCAACCGGAGGGACCACCCCUCCACACGCCCAACGAGCCGGGCGAACAAACUGCCGCACUGCCCACCGAAAUAAAAAUAACUGACAGCAAAAGGAAAAACGAUUUUCUGACGAAAAAAAUUAAAAAAUUCUGCUCUAAUGAGGACUCUAGACAGCUAAAACUGACAUCCUUUCUGAGUAGAGAAAAAGUCAGCAGAAAUGUGGACGUGGUUAAAAAAGGGGAGAGUGAAAAAACAGACAAGGAUAACCCUACCCCAGGCGAGCUAAGCAGAGGCGUAGGCGGAAACCAAAAGGAGGAGCAACCCAGUGAAGAACCCACUCUAGACAGUGAAAAAGAAGACACAGAAUACAUUAAAAUAAAAAAAAAAAAGAGAGUACUAGACGACGAAGCGAUUAAUGAGAUAUAUGACAGCCAUGCGGACAAUGACACGAAUAAGGGGUCCCACGUGGACCAAAGAAAUGGAAGAGAUCGUGAACCAAGUGGGUCCACUGAGCACCAGGGGAAGCACGCCAACCAAGAGAAGGGCUCCACUGCGAGUGACAAUCCUGACCGGGUUAAGGAUGAUGAUGGGGCUCAAAACGAUCAUGGUGAGCAGCUGGAAGGAAGUGUGCGAAUAAAAAAAAAACUAAAAAAGAAGCAGGUUCCUGGGGAAAAUGACAUCGGUUACGACGCUGAUGAUGGCGGCGACGACGAUGGCCACGAUGACAAUGGCCGCGAUGAUGAUGGCCGUGAUGACGAUGGUCACGAUGACGAUGACCGUGAUGACGAUGACGCAAAGGGAAAUGAAAACACAAACGAAGAUGAAGCCAAGCACGAACAGGCAGACAAAACGAACAACCUGCUGUAUGCGGCUUUAAAGGAACGAUUCGUAAAGGAAAAGAAAAGGCUACGGGACGACAAGAUGCAGCACGUCUUCGAGUUAGAAGCAGAGGAGAGUGACGACGAAAAUAUUGAGGACCCGGAAGAAAGGAAGAGGGCGCAGCUGCUAAAAGGGAAGAAGAACCAGGCGGAGGAUUCCGACGAUGACGAACAGUACAACAGCGAGGGACUUAACGAAUUCAUAAACAACGAAGAAUACAACAGCGACAACGAAGUUAUCAAACUUAAGCACAAACAGGAAAUGGAACAACUGGAGGAAGAUAUUUUUUUAAAAAAGUUCACCUACAAGGGAAAGGAAUUUAACAACGAACUGACAAAUAGAGAAAAGCUGGAGUUAGAAAGAGAGCGUCAAUUAUUACGAAGGAAGAAACUGUUAUUUGAUAAAACCUUGGGACAUGUAAAGUUGAGUGACUUUGAGUCAGAUAGCAGCUCAAGCAGUAACAAGAGCUCGAAGAAGAGAAUUAAAAACACCUUGUAUGAACCGUUCACCGAACUUGAAAAUACAAAAUUUUCCAAGAGGAACCAUCAUGCGGUUGGUGGGGCUUAUAAUGAAGGUUCCUUUAACAAGGGGGAGUGCCCCGGAGACUUAGAGGGAGAGCACAGAAGGAAGCAGAUCUUAGAAAAAAUGGACAACGUCAUGUACACGAAGGAGAUCAAAACGAACGAAGGGAAACGAAUCGUAAUUAAGAAAAAAAGGAAAAUUCGUUUCCACCAAGACUUGUCCGACGUAACAGUCACGGAGGAGGAGAAGGUUGACGCAUAUGAAAAAACGAAGAAGAAACCGAAAAAGGUAAAUGCCAACUUGGUUGAUCAACCCAAAUCAUCAGCUGUUACCAUUCCCAACAAGGGAAUGAAUCAUAAUAACAAGGCCUCCAUAAAAUGGAACAACAACAUAAAGGAUAUCAGCGAGCUGGACACCCCCACGAAUGGCGAAGUCUUUAAGGGGUUCCGGAAAGUAGAAAAUGCGCAGUGA